AUGUGGAAACCAGUGGACCUUCCCUUCCAGAACUCCGAGCCUCUGCCUCCACUACCUACAACAGAUGAAAUCCGCGCUUGCACCAAUGCGCUCUGGGAGACUAUGGCAUCCAAGGUUGUAAAUACCUGGGAAGGUCAGGCAUUGAUUUACCUGGAACGACAUGUCCCCGAAGUCCCAGCCCCUCGACUAUACGCGAUGUACUAUGAGGGCAAACAACUCUUCUUGGACAUGCAACGCAUUCCCGGCGUACAGCUGAAUACCAUCUGGCCAUCAUUGACCUCAUCCGAGAAGGAUGGUAUCAUAGCAAAACUCCAAUCGAUAUUCGAUGCUAUGCGAAAAGCCGAGUGCCCAUGGCCCGACUUUUUCGGGGGUAUGGACGGCGGUGGCGUACAUCACUACCUAUUCUAUAGCCAACAUGGCGACCACAAGUUUCUAGGGCCUUUCACUGGUGAACCUGCCUUCGUCGCAGGCCUUGUAGGUAAUUAUAGGGCCUUAGUCGAGCGCAAUAAUCAUCCAGACUACAAAGCCCGCUUUUAUGAAAAAUAUCUCGUUCGCGUCCUUCAAGGUCAUCGGCCUACAUUAACGCAUGGAGACGUUCAGCAGAAGAACAUCAUGCUUGUGGAGAACAAAACUUGCCGAACUGAUCAAGGUGGGCGGUCAUUUGACGUCGUACUGGUUGACUGGGAGAGUGCCGGGUGGUUUCCUGACUUUUGGGAAUUCUUUUGUGCAUCGUGUCCCUUUAUAUUUGAUUGGAAUGAAGACUGGUCAUGGCGAGUUCAGGAGUUUGUUCAAGUGUGGCCUGCUGAGGUGGCUAUUCUGCAAUUGAUUGAUAGAGAUUUAGGCUGGUGA